GGCACCGGCACCGGGACCGGCACCGCGGCCGCGGCGCGCAGAUAAAAUCUGGUCUUGCGGGAGGCGCUGUUCGCCGGUAGGUGAGGGGCCCUCAGUCAGGAGAAAAAAAACAACCAAAAAACCGAAAAAAAAACAGGAGGAGAAGAUGGAGGAAGAAGAGGAUGACAUGACACGUGGAGACUUGGGAAACGGACUUGGGAGAAGACCGGGAGGUGUUUAUGAAGGGGAAAACUUACAAAAUUCCUACUCAAUUAGAUCUAGGAAGGGAUCUGGAAAGACUUGUAAUUCCCCCUUGUCGGCAAAGGUAGCAGAAGAAAGCGAUGCUACAGCUCUUCCUGGUCCAAAACGAAACAGCUUUUACGAUGGAUCACUCAAAAAACCUGCCUCUAGUUCCACACGACAGAAUAGCUGUGAAUCUAAUAUUGAAGUGUCAAAUGAAGAGCUAAAGGAACAACUUCGGGACACUCUGGAGGAGCUUGAAAUUUUGAAAGUUGAGCUUGAAGCAUCUCGAAGACAGCUUGAAGGAAAAGAUGAAGCUCUAAGAAUCCUGCAGAGCAUGGCAGUGUUUGAUAAAGCCACGAGCCAUACUAAAGCAAUGCUUCAGAAAACUGAGGAAGAAAAGAGGACUCUAGAGAAGGAAAUAAAUAUUUUGCAGUGGGAAAUUGAAUUUGAUCAGGACAGAUUUAAAAACAUAGAAGACACCUGGACAGAAAAAUAUGACAGGAUAUAUUGUGAAAAUGCAGCUCUUAAGGAUGCGUUGAAACUGAGGACAGGAGAAGUUAAAACACUUAAAGCUGAAAAUGCAAUCCUGAAGCAGCAGUGCUUGGAAUUCCUUGCAAUGCUAGAUGUGAAACAACAGAAAGUUUUUCAGGAGAACAUGUCAUUGAACAAAAGUGACAUUACUGAUUUUACAGGUCUUGAACUGGCAGUGCUCGGAGCCUGCGCCUGCAGUCCUGCUGAGGGGCAGCCCUGUUCCUGUGCCAGAGUGGCAGCUCUCGCUCGGAAGCAGCUCCUCCAUCUCAAGCAAGAGAUUGACAACCUGAAGAAGAGUAAGGAUGAAGCGUAUAUCAUGGCAGAUGCCUUCAGAAUUGCAUUUGAGCAGCAGCUGAUGCAGAGGAAGGACCAGGCCCUGAGGCUGGCAGAAGUGAUGAACAUGAAGAAGGAAACCAAAUUUGCAAACUGGAGACGUCUGCGAGGCACUGAGCGUGUCAAGUUACAGGGGAGCAAGAACAACCUGGGGCGGAAGCUGUCCAGCCUGCUCUCGUCAGAUGGGGACUGCAGGAAGGUGGAGGAGCUGGACAACGCCCACGAAAUCCUGAGGAUGUUGAUUGACCUGGUGAACGACAAGGAGGAGGCCCUGGCGCACCAGCGCAAGGUCAGCUACAUGCUGGCACGGGCGGCUGAGGCCACGGAGCCCGGGCCGGGGCAGGAGCGGGGGGACACGGCGGGCAGGUGUCGGCUCGGAGCCCAGAGCCCCCCGGCCGCCCCUCACGCCGACGGGCAUCGCCUCCCUGCCCUGCCCCUCACGGGAGCACCGCGGGCCGCAGGGCUCCGACGGGCGCGCUCCUGGCCCUCAGCGCUCGGGGAUGGCUGA